CUUUCCGUGGUCAAUGACGUGUUAUAAAACCGAUUGAGAUUCGCACAAGUGAUCAUAGUGUACAACGUACUACUAUUCUUUGGAUCCUUCUUCUUCUUCUUCUUCUUCAAGAUUUCAUCACUGUUCAUUUUGUUCCUUGUUCUGACUUGUGAUCGUUAAUUGGUAUAACAAAAUGUGGAAGAGGAUGGAAUUUCAAGAAGAAGCGGUUCAAUUGAUAAACUCAGAUUUCAGAGACUUGAGUCUAGCUGCUAAUCAACUCGCUAAUCAUCUCGUCCAACUCGGUCGCUUUGGCUUUGGAGCUUCUUUCUUCGGAUUCUUUGCCGCCAUUGCUGCUAUCUAUUUGCUGGUUUUGGAUCGCACAAACUGGAAGACUAACAUUCUUACAUCACUACUCAUUCCAUACAUUUUCUUCAGCUUGCCUUCAAUAGUUUUCGGUGUCUUCAGGGGAGAGAUUGGAAAAUGGGUUGCUUUAGUUGCUGUUGUAUUAAGGCUUUUUAUUCCAAAACAUUUCCCUGAAUGGCUGGAUUUGCCAGGUGCUUUGGUGCUUCUGAUCGUUGUAGCUCCUAAUGUAAUUGCAAGCACCUUUAGAGACGACAUCGUGGGGGUGAUUGUGUGCCUUGUGAUUGCAUGUUAUUUGCUACAAGAACAUAUUCGAGCAUCUGGUGGUUUCAGAAAUUCCUUCACUAGAGCCAAUGGCUUAUCAAAUUCCAUUGGCAUAGUACUUCUGAUGGUCUACCCCGUCUGGGCACUCAUCGUCAUAAUUCUUUAGGCACCAGUGUUUGAACUUUACUGUUUAGUGUGUGCGUUAAACCAAUUGUGUUUUGUAAUCAUUCAUUGGUUGGAUGUUCAUGUCUAGAACAAAAUACCGUCAUUUGCUUGAUGUAUUAUUACCUUUGUCCUUUUGUUUGCAUGUGUAAACAUAUGAAAUCAAAUCUCAUUGAGAUACUUUUUCGCUUCAUUGAAUGUUGGAAUUCGUAAGUUAUUGAUGAUUGGAAUGGAUCAUUGUUAUUUUUAA